UUGUGCUGAGCGGAGCUCGUGGGUCCGCACCUCCCCGAGCGCCUGGACUGCGCGGCUUCGUCGGCGGCCCGGCUGCAGGGCACGGCGGCGGCAGACACAUUAGCCGGCGGCCCGCAGUCCCCGAGUGGCUGCUGCCGCAGGUGUUGGCGUCCGCGCCACCGGCCCAGAGCCGCGACAGGUGCCCGCAGGUUCUCUGGGGACGGCGCUGCGCCGCGGGCACCUCCCGCCAGUCCUGUCCCGCAGCCCCAGCGCGGCCGGCCGCGCGCCGUCGGGGGAGCCUCAGCCCCGGGCCGCGACGAAGCGGAUGCGCGUCGGGUGAGCGCGGCGUCCCGCCCGCCAUGGCCGCGCGCCCCGGGCCGCUGUGGCUCCUGGGGCUGGCGCUGUGCGCGCUGAGCGGCGGCGGCCCCGGCCCGCGCCCCCUAACCGGCGGCCCGCCCCGCCGCCUGGGCCCCCGCGAGCGCCGCGACCUGCAGCGCGAGAUCCUGGCGGUGCUCGGGCUGCCCGGGCGCCCCCGGCCCCGCGCACCGCCCGCCGCCGCCCGGCUGCCCGCGUCCGCGCCGCUCUUCAUGCUGGACCUCUACCACGCCAUGGCCGGCGACGACGACGAGGACGGGGGCCCUCGCGAGCGGCGCCUGGGCCGCGCCGACCUGGUCAUGAGCUUCGUCAACAUGGUGGAGCUCGACCGCUCCCUGGGCCACCAGGAGCCCCCCUGGAAGGAGUUCCGCUUUGACCUGACCCAGAUCCCGGCGGGGGAGGCGGUCACAGCUGCCGAGUUCCGGAUUUACAAGCUGCCCAGCACCCACCUGCUCAACAGGACCCUCCACGUCAGCAUGUUCGAGGUGGUCAGAGAGCGGGCCAACAGGGAGUCUGACUUGUUCUUUUUGGAUCUUCAGACGCUCCAAGCUGAGGACGAGGGCUGGCUGGUGCUGGAUGUGACAGCAGCCAGUGACCACGGGUUGUUGAACCGUAGCAAGGACCUGGGACUCCGCCUCUACGUGGAAACGGAGGACGGGCGCAGCGUGGAUCCCGGCCUGGCCGGUCUGCUGGGGCGACGGGCACCGCGCUCCCGACAGCCCUUCGUGGUCACGUUUUUCAGGGCGAGCCCCAGCCCCGUCCGGGCCCCUCGGGCGGUGAGGCCCCUGAGGAGGCGGCUGCUGAAGAAGACCAACGAGCUGCCGCAGCCCAACAGGCUCCCGGGGAUCUUUGAUGGCGCCCACGGCUCCCACGGUCGGCAGGUGUGCCGUCGGCACGAGCUCUAUGUCAGCUUCCAGGACCUCGGCUGGCUGGAUUGGGUCAUCGCCCCCCAAGGCUACUCAGCCUAUUACUGUGAGGGGGAGUGCUCCUUCCCGCUGGACUCCUGCAUGAACGCCACCAACCACGCCAUCGUGCAGUCCCUGGUGCACCUGAUGAAGCCAGACGCAGUGCCCAAGGCGUGCUGCGCGCCCACCAAGCUGAGCGCCACCUCCGUGCUCUACUAUGACAGCAGCAACAACGUCAUCCUGCGCAAACACCGCAACAUGGUGGUCAAGGCCUGCGGCUGCCACUGAGGCCCCGCCGGCCGCUGCAGCGCCUCCCGCCGGGGUCAGGCCCGCUCCAGAGGCUGAGGCCCUCAAACCCAGCCAGAGCACAGACAGGACUGGCACGGAGAGUCCUCAAAUCGACAUGUCCAUGCCCCUUCCUCCUUCCUGCCAGGGCUGGUCCUUCCAGGCCCCGCCGCUCCUCCCCUGCCUGAGGUUGUGAUAGAUUCUGGCAUUUAAUUCUGGUGGGCGGAGUCAUCAGACAGGGUUCUGCCCCAGCUAUGUCCCGGGGUCAGCACAAAAGUGCUAUCUGAGGACCUGACCUUGCUCAUUGCUGGCCUGGGCUGUGGGCAGGUGUGCAAUGACCUGAGAGGCACCUGGAGCCCGAGGUGGCCAGCUCAGGUCCUCCAGUCUCCAUUGCAGGGUGGGGUGUGUAGACAGGGUUUGGCCCACCGCCAGUUGCCUGCCCUUCCCAGGGGGAAAAGUAGGCAUUUCCGCGUACUUGUUAAAGAGCAUGGACUUGCCUUGUGUGCUCUAUAUUUUCAGAUCUGAAUUACCAAACUGCUGGCCAUAGGGAGGCAUGUGGGGCAACUCCAGAAAGAGCUGAACGAGCAGCAUGGUGAAGGGCUAAGGCCAAUGGCAUUUCUCUUCUGUCUUCCUGCCCUAGAUCUGUCUAUAAUUUCUCAGCAUGCAGUGCAUUGAAAUUUUUCCUUUGGAGAAACAAAAAAUCUUGGGGUUUCACUGACCCACUGUCUGUCAUCGUGUUGAACGUUGGGAGUUCAGCUCCGUGGGAAAGUGUCUUUUUACUGAGCCAAGCGCACAUUUGUAGCCCAGGAUGACAGUGCCCAGCACAAAUGACAUAACGUGCCUUUCUCUUCUGCAUGACAGGCAUCAAUAAUCAACCUUGAUGCUGUUUUCCACCAAAUGUGGAUAGAAUUUCAAGUGAUCAGCACAGAACUCCAGGCAGCCGCUUCCAGCACAUUAGAGUUGGCAUGUGAAUUGAAACCGUGCCAUCUCCUGCUAAGGAGCAAUCUAUUCCACCCAGAGCCAUGUGUCUGCAACACCGGGCAGCCUAUGGCCAGGUGUGGGGCCAGGGUAGGGACUUGUCAGCACCCGUUGUGUCCAUAAGUUGUCAAAACACAGGCUGGUCACCAAAGUCUGCGUCACCCUGUCUGCUCAGGAGCCCCGUCCUGUUUCUUGGGGCCUGUGAGCCCAAGAAAAGGCCCCUGUCCCAGGGGAGUGACAGGCAGUAAUUAGGGUGAGCUGGGUGGGAAGGUUCCCGGAAACCACUGUUCUCCUUGGAGCAGCCGAGGCAGUGGGAGUGUUGAUUUGAUUUCUGACUUGCUAACCCUGUAAUUUACCUGCUGGAGCAAACAGUCCAGCUGCCUGAACCCUGAAAUACUGUGUCGCUAAUAGCAGAUCCUGGGCCCACCCCAACCCACAGGCACGGCCCACAGAGGCAGAACGACCCGUGUGCCCAAGGACGCGCACCCUGGGAUCCACUCUGCACCCUGAGGGCAGGCUCUGGGAGAGCAGGUCUGGGGCAGGGGUGGAGGCUGGGCCAGGCUGCAGGGCAGCAGCCCUGACCCCUGGACUGGGAGGGAUUCCGGGAGUGAGUGCUGAGGAAGAGGCCCUCCCAGGGGCACAGACUAUCUUGAAGCUAUUGAGCUCCCCAUCAGUCACUGGCCUAGCAUUGGCCCUGAGCAUUGGCCUAGAUGUUAGGAGACCUGACUUGUGGGUGCUUCCUCUUCUGGGCCAUUUCCCAUCUUUAACAUGAGAGGGCCUUCAGUCAUGGAAUCCGUGUCUGAGUGCUGAGCCCAGAUACAGCCUCAUAACCUGAAACGAGCUGGUGGCCAUCACAAAUCUGAGCUAUGAACCAGGUGGCCCUCACGAAUUGGUACAUAACAUGGAACCUAUUCGCUAUUCUAGUCCUUGUGUAAAGGUUCUCUCUUCUCAACAUCAAGGUUUGUUUUUUAGGUAACUGUAAAUUCUAAAAUAGCCAAUUAUUUUGGCAACUACUUUUUUAAAAAAUAUAUAUUUUAUUGAUUUUUUACAGAGAGGAAGGGAGAGGGAUAGAGAGUUAGAAACAUCGAUGAGAGAGGAACAUCGAUCAGUUGCCUCCUGCAC